UGGGAGGGGAGUUGGUGUGGGUUACGCACACACUCACUCAGACAGGCGGUGUGUACAGCAGGAUCCCUGCACUCCCGGUGCCCCGCUUGCUCCACGCGCACCCCAGCAGUCUGUGUCUGCUCUUGCUCGACUCGACGGCGACAUGGGUGUCCCCACAGUCCCAGAGGCCUGCGGCUUGCGCUGUGGGACCCUGCUCCUCGCUCUUUUCCUGACUGCAUCCAGAGGUCCGGCAGUGGCCUUCAAGGUCGCCACCCCUUAUUCUCUGUACGUGUGUCCUGAAGGGCAGAACGUCACCCUCACCUGCAGGAUCCUGGGCUCUGUGCCCAAAGGGCACGACACGACCUUCUACAAGGCAUGGUACCUCAGCUCGCGAAGUGAGGUUCAAGUAUGCAAAGAACAUCGGCCCAUACGCAACUUCACGGCCCAGCAUUUUCGUCCACACCAUGGAAGCCACCAAACGGCCAAUGCCAGCCAUGACCAGGCCCAGGCACAUGGGCUCGAGUUAGCUUUCGACCACCACGGCAACUUCUCAAUCACCAUACAUCAUGUGACCCUGCAGGACAGUGGCGUCUACUGUUGUCAGGUGUUAGAAGUCAAGCACCACCACCUAGAUCAACGGUUCUACGGGUACAUGGAGCUGCAGGUACAGACAGGCAAAGACUCACCAUCGACAUGCACUGCAUACCCAUCUAACGAGCAGGAGAGUGACAGUAUCACAGCUGCAGCCCUGGCCACGGGUGCCUGCAUUGUGGGGAUCCUCUGCCUGCCUCUCAUCCUGCUGCUGGUCUAUAAGCAGAGGCAGGUGGCCUCUCACCGCCGUGCCCAGGAGUUGGUGACGAUGGACAGCAACACCCAAGGUAUCGAAAACCCAGGCUUUGAGAACACCCCACCCUUCCAGGGGAUGCCCGAGGCAAAGACCAGACCCCCACUGUCCUAUGUGGCCCAGCGGCAACCUUCGGAAUCAGGACGGCAUCUACUCUCUGACCCCAGCACACCUCUGUCUCCUCCAGGCCCUGGGGAUGUCUUCUUUCCAUCCCUAGAUCCAGUCCCUGACUCCCCUAACUCUGAAGUCAUCUAAACCAGCUUGGGGACCACGGACAAUGGUACCUGGAUUAGGGGCAGGUGCAUUUGAUCUAUGGCUGGCCUUUUAAACAGACCUUUAGGCAUUGGCCCCAGCCUCCCCUCUCCUGAUCUGAGUCUAGACUUUGCUUUACAAGAUGUGUGGACCCUCCCGGCUACCACUUCUGGAUGCUACACAGGGUUGGGACAGGGUGGGGAGAAGAUGCUGGACUGCUCAUUGCUGUUCUCAAGAUCUCGGGGUGCCCAGUGCUCCCUAGAGACUUCACAUUGCCAGAACAGAUGCCAAAUGACUUAAGAAGUCCCAGAGUGUCCGGGUUGGCAGCAGCUUUUCUUCGUGGGAACCAGCAGCCCAGAUGGGAUGAGGUAACCACCUUGCCACCCUCCGAGGCAAGGGACACAAGCUAUGAGAGACUCCUGCCCUGCUGUGGAUGUGUGGUUGACCUGCCAUUUUGUCUGAGGAUACUCUGUUGGCCUGACUCUAUCCCCCAGACUCUGGAGCUUGGCUUGCCUAUGCCCCACCAGGGGAGCUUCCUCAACAGCCUGCCAGCCAUUUGAGGGUCUGUCAACAGUUUAAGUGACUCUGGGCUCUCAUGGCCUGUAUGGCAGUCUGCAGAGUUCAGUGGCCAGAGGCUCUGAAACAGGAAGGACAUGUUGUGUCCAGGAGCCACUGUGUCAUGAGCCAUGUCGUACACGAAGGGUGGUAAGGGCAGAUGGGGAAGGUGAGUGGAUACUGGUCUUCCUGUCCUCAUCACCCACCAGUCCCACUGCUCAGUGUGGGGCAGUGACAAAGGUGACCUCCAUGAUGUCCUAUCUAUACUGGGCCACUUCUUAGUAUGAAAGAGAUGCUAUUAAAAACAGUACGUGGCAACAGCUGUACACAGCAAGGAGGGGAUGGUAGGCAUUUAGCUUUAAGGCCCUGGAGGUGGGGAGUUCAGGGAGGGUGUGGAAUGGGGGCAUCUAGGGCCUGGGGAUCCUUCCAGCCCUGACCACUGAUCUUCAGGGUGACCUACAGGCAUAUAAAAGCGCUUGUCCCUCCCUGGUCUGAUGUUGCUCUUGGUUCCCAUCUCCAGGGUCUGGCAUGACCCGGGCACACAAGGAGAAUCCUUCAUGGAGGAUUUAAAGUAUGAACAGGAAAGACAGACCCUUUGAGGUAGAAACUGCGCAGCUGAUGUCUGAGAGUGAGGAGGAGUGAGGCUGGGCAAGUCACCCUCAGCCUCCAGUGGGACGGUAGCCCCAUCACUGGAAAAGCUGCAAUCCCCCCUCCCCCCCGGCUUCCUGCAGCUUCCCCUGGCAGAAGUGAACUGGGCCUGGGUAGGAAAGCUCAUACCCAGGGCCCGCAGGCAAGAAGAAACCCACUCCUUGCCUGGGGGCAGAUGGGUAGGGGUACAGAGAACAGUUCCAGGCUGGAUCACAGCAGUAAGUAAGCUGGGAACUCGGACAGGUUGUCUGGUAAGGUCCAAGAGCAUAGGCCCCUGUGGGAUGCCAGCUAUGUCUGAGACUUGGAGUUCUGAAGACUCUCUGUAUCAUCACAGGAGUGUUGGGGUAGUCAGGACACCCAAACCAUGACUCCUCUUUUGUUCCCAGGGUCCCCUCUUUCACCCCAUCUGUUGCCAUAGGCUCUAUGCAAUUACUAUAGAUAGACAGAGUGUGUUGUUCUUUUGGCUUUUAGGGCACCAGGCUGGAGUGGGGGAAGUGCCAGCUGUUUUGGGGCCUCUGUCAAAGAAAAAGCCCCCACACAUCAGCUAUAAGAUGAAUAUAGCCUGUCCCCUGGGGGAGGCUGGCCUAUCUCCAGCCCUAAGCUUCAGACCUUGCCACCCAGAUGUCUUCUAAGAAUUUGACUGUCGAGCCCCUGUCUGGCUGUUGCUCUGUGGAAAGGGGAGGAGCCCCCCAACCUCCCCAGCAGAGCAGCCACUCACUUCCUGCCCAGCUUCAGCUUCCUUCUGCAGGGCUCUAGUCUCUUCUCUUCUGGACCCUGCAAGCGCAGGCACGUCAGCUUCAUGGUUUCCUGUUUUUGAUGCAGUUUUUGUGUGGUCCAGGCUCUGUCUACAUCCAUGAACUUGGGUCCUACCACCUGGCUGCUACUGUGGAGGGGCGGGGUCUGGGGGUUGGGAAUGGAGGGGUCCUGCCCUGGGGGCGAGAGAUUGGGUGGUGAUGAGACAGAGUAGGAAACUGAGCUUCCAGGAGGAGGGAGGAGCCCUGUAGUCUUCCAAGCCAUAUUGGACUCCUGGUAUUAGCAGGAGCCUAGGAAGAGAUGUCAUAUGUCCUGAAGAACUAAUUCACCCUUAGGAGGUAUAUCAGAAAUCAGGGGGUGCUUUGCCUAUCUCUAGUAAAGCUCUCCUUGGGAUUGGGAUGGGAGGGACCAGUAGGAAAGGUUUCUGAUGCAGCAAGGACGUCUUGACAGGCCAAAGGGCCACUGGUGGCUCUUGUAGACCGAGCAGGCCCUGCUGGAGUACUGUAGUGUGCCUCAGACUAGCUUCUCCAAAGAGCAGUCCGGGGCCACCCUGCUUCUGUCUGACCAGUAUUUUCCCUGCACGAGGUAGCUGAGAGCCCGGACAGAGACUUCAGUCCUUCAGGGACUGCUCCCCGGAGGAAGGCCUUGGAGGAGGCAGCUAGGCUGAGGGCUGCAGAGGGCUGGUGAUCUUUGAUAAUCUUGGUCCUGGUAGUAGGCUACCUCAUGGAAAAGAGUUUCCUGAGUGUGAGCUGGAGCAGCACCCCACGGCUGACCUGGCUAUAGUGGGAGCCCUGGGGAACUAAAAUAGGCAAAAGAGGAACUGGGGGUGCCAAGUGGGAUAGCGGGAGGCACAAGUCCCUUGAAAACAAACAGCCCAGCUGAGUGCCAGUCCCAGACCAUAGAGAGCAUGAACCAUGUGGCCCAUGCCCUGCAUGGCUGCUCCUUUCCCCUGACACUUUCCUUGCCCACAAUGAAUGUGAGUCUUGGGAAGGCAGGGAGUAACAACAGUUUGAGACGAACUGAUAGCUGAUACACAAUCCUUGGGUAACUGGGCUGAAUCAGGACCCCAGGAUUAUACUCUGGGGACCUAGCUUUGUCUGGGCCUGCUAGGAUUUCCAUAAUGGCAUUACGGCUUUGAGCUCGUGAUGCCAAGGGAUAAACAUUUCACUGGGUUUUGUGGUUUUGAUCUGUUGGUGUGGCUUUCUGGAAUAUUUGGUAGUAGGAAUUAAGAUGUGAUGAUACAGCUGAUCAGAGUGCUGAGAUUGAUUGCUAAUGCCUGCCUUGGAUACAGGAAGAGGAAGUAGCAGUAUGGAUGCCAUUUCUUAAUCUUUUUUGUUAAAAUAUGCUUCCCCAAAGAUUUUCAUGUGUGUUUUUGCUUAUUUGACAUCAACCCUGAAAGUCUUUUUGUGUGCAUGUGUACAAAGGAUGCAUGAAUAUAUGUUUAUGUGUAUGUAUAUGGAAGAAGGAAAUCACCAUUGGGUGUCUUCCUCCAUUCCUCUGCAAUGCAUUUUUAAAAAGAUUUAUUUACUUUAUGAAUGUUUUACCUAAAUGCAUUUAUAUGCAUCAUGUGUAUGCCUGUUGGAUCCCUUGGAAAUAGAGUUAUAAAUAGUUAUGAGCUGCCGUAUGAAUGCUGGGAAUCAAACCUGGAUCCUUUGCAAGAGCAACAAAUUAAAAG